GAUAAGGGGAGUAGCGCGAAAGAAGAGAGGGAGAAGAAGAGGCGCGUGGUGGCCGUGGUGGCGAGGUAGCGGACGAGAGCGAGCGAGCAUCCAGAUCUGUCGCGUGCUGCGUCGCUCUGGGAUGGGACGGAAUCGGGACGACACGGUACGAAGCGGAACGGGACGAGACGAGACGAAACAGGACGAAACGGGACGACGGCUACUACUACAACUACGACGACGGGAUGGGAUGGAUGCUGUGGAUCCGUGUGAGUAGCGAGUCGAGUCGAUCCCCGCGCGCUGGUAUUGGUUUCACUCUCGGCUGCUGCCGGCCCGUGUGCUCACAAGCACACUCGAUCUCUCUACGAGAGCGAACCGAGGAGCGUGCCCGAACCGAGCCGGAGAAGAGAACCGCGGCACUCGUUCAGUAGUUUCUCGGACGCCGCACCGGCACCAUCCGACCUACCAGAUAACCCCGGACUUGCCGGACUACCCCCGACCUCCUAAUAAUACCGACAUACGGGACGAUCGCGACGUUGGAUCGUUCGUUUCGAGGAAUCAAGCACGUCCUAAGAUAGGAUCGUUGACCGUUCGCCGAAUCUGCCAGCAUCACUGCGGUGACAUCGUGGUUUUGUCGUGGUCAACGUGUUGGAUCUAGAAGUCGAUCGGUGCGGUGGGCAAAAAAAGAUCGGUCCUACUCCGAAACGAUCGUCAUCGCCACGAGGGAUUACUCUCGUGUUCGUCUUCGCCUCGUGCGUGCGUCCGUGCGUGCGUGCGUGCAUGCGUGCGUGCGUGCGUGCGUGCGUGCCUGCCUGCCUGCCUGCCUGCCUACCUGCCUGCCUGCUGCGUGUCUGCGUGCUUGUAUAUUCGUCGAUCAUCUUUUUCUCGGUUUGGCCGGUCAACCGAUACCACGCUCUUUACCGGUCGAGUGUCACACGGAGGUCAUUAGCUGUUUACUUUUUUCUCUCUCUCUUUCUCUCUCGGUAACGUAUCACAGUACGUGUGUCGGUUGUUUAUUAGCAAGCCGCGUUGGAAGCAUCACCCUGUACGAGUUAACCAGGUGUUUUUGCCCCGGUGACGAACGUGUCGGUGGAGCACACUAGCCGUGUUCGUUAACCAUCCCGAGUCGAAUCAGCUUUCAUAGUAAACGCGUUGCUUUCGUUCGAUCAGUGGUGAGAAGUGGUGGUAGUGUUUGCCCGCGAAUAUUUCGCGAAACAACUUUGCCGCGUGAUUCACGACCCUUCGCGACUCCGGAAGGAUACGCUCUCCCACGAGUGGUCAACGAAGAGGGCAAGGGCAAAGAAGUCGGUGAAAGAAGCAAUACACUGUGAUAUAGACAAGGACAGAAGUGAGGAGGUGGUGGUGUUGCUGGAAGAGAGGGGGAGAGAGAGAGAGAAACCCGUUAAGGCGGUACGAGUAACGUGUCGGUGGAGGUUCUUGCGAUUGAUAGAGAAACUAAGAGGAGAGGGACAGAGCGAGGUCGACGAAGGUAAUCGGUAGCAUCAAGCUGCGUGCCUCGACAAAACCGAUUAAAGACAAGCGAGCAACGAUCCUUUCGUCUCCUUUGUCGCUAAUUCCCUGUCGUUGGCUUUUCGUUCAGUAAUCGUCUCGUCGACCGAUCUUCACCCAGGAUCAUUCGCAGUGUAACGAGUACCCUCGGCGAUAUCGGCUACAGGAAACCAAGACGAUCCAGUCGCUCGUUUGUAUUCAGAAUCCAUCACACGACGCCUCGAUGCUACCUCGUAAACCUAUUCCGUGGUUUCCCAUCUUUGCGAACAAGCCAUUCUGACUGGCGUGAUCUGGUUCGCGCUGACGAGACAUCGCCACUGUCAUCGUCAUCGUCAUCGUCGAUUGACCGUUGUCAAUCGAUCGUGCUAGCCGAAGGAGAAACCGCUGCCACGGCGGUCCGCAAUAAUGCGAGAUUAUCGAAAACGGGGUACAUGGACGGUAACAGCAGACCAACUGCUGCAUCCUCACUGUUCAACGAGAAUUUUCCCACAGGGCCUCCUGUGUUCGAGGCGAAAGUAACCGAGGAUGAGGUGGACUUACAUUGUGAAACUGUAUUAUUACCAUUCGUGUGAUUACCUGUACGACGAAUCGAAUUGUGUACCGUGGCUUUGAUUUUCAGCAGUCAGACCGCUCGAUACGACAACGAGGAGCAACAGUGAAACAACGGAAAUUGUACGACACGAAAGGGAAUAUAAUAAAAUAACGAAGAACAGAAGAAGAAGAAGAAGAAGAAGAAGAAGCAGUAGACAUAAUCAGCGAGAAGAAAGAAGAAUAAAAAAGAGAAAGUGAACAGAAAGAUAGAAAGAUAAAAGGAAAGGGAGAAGUGUGGUGUGUAGAUAAGAAGGAGGAGGGCUUGGAAAGGAGUGUGGAUGAGACCGUCAUGCCCGCUGAGAUCGACACGGGCGGGCCAACGGUGCUGCACUGUGAUUACCGUGCCGUCUGCCCGAUACCGAUCCUAACCUCAGCAAUCACCGAGUCUUCUUCCUUGUACCGCGAAAAUAGAGUUGUUCGGACGAGUAUCGUACGACGAUUUCCGCGGACGAAUCGCGACGAGAAGGACGAAUCGUUGGAUGACACUGGUUUGAAGUCUCGUUGUUGGUCCGGUUUCUCCUUUCGCCGGACUGGAGCCGCGUCCGCGCGUUCCGUAUUAAGAGGACUCCGUCGAAACAAGCCACACAUCUCGUUUAACGUUCCUACGGAGGCUAUCGAUGUGUCCUCACGGACGGCUGAUGAUCGGCAGGAUUGCCAGCACGAGGAUACUUGUGGUCCGGAACAACCGGAAUCGCGACUUCGCGACACCAUCGACCAGUUCGACGAAAACAGGACGAUAAGGCAGACGCGAUCGAGACGAGAGGAGUGUUCGCUCGAGCAUGAGAGGACGAUCAGCCGUAGAUUUCAAGCAAGGAUUCAGCUCGCUUCGAAGACAGGCCAUGAAAAGGAGAAAACAAGCCAUGAUUGCCACGGUGUACAAGGAUGGUGCUCUAAACGCGACUUGUCGGCAACUGGAAACUGGACGGAGUUUCGAGUCGCAAACCAAACAGGAAUAGGGAAAGCACGGUUCUCUAGUCAGUCGAACGACCCUUCGAGAUCGAAUCGGACGUAUGAGAAGGUGGUAACCACCAACGCGACAAGUACGCUUCCGUCCUUGACCGAUGAAACGUGGAAGGAAGUGGACGCGACAAAUUCCUGGCGAUGCGAGUCGCGCGCCACCAAGGUCGAGUUGACGGUCGAUCGGCAGACCGACUUUCCUUCCCUCGACCACGAGUCCUCUUCGAGGAGUGGCCAUACUAGAACAAGAAAGAAGAGGCGCGAGUGUCGUAACAACCGUUUCACGUACUUUCAGUUAGCCUUACUCUUCUUCCUGCUCGCGUUCGGACAGUGCGGACUCCGUAAAUCGAGUGUGUUCAACUGCAGUGCGAAAUCAAGUGCCACCGGUUUGAGUGUGUUGGCGAUUGGCACGGUUAUCAGUGCAGUGAGUGCCGCACCGGUUGAUUUAAUGGCUGAUGCUGGGGUAAGGGCAGAACGAUCGGCCAAUUUGUCCCACAUCACUGGCGCUUCCAGGAAGAUCCAGAUGUACAUCAAAAAUCGGCAUUUGCAAAUCCUGCCGGAUGGCACGGUCAACGGCUCUAACGACGACACAUCGGAUUACACAAUAUUUCAACGAAUGUCUGUGUCUAGAGGUCAACUGAGGAUUCAAGGGGUUGCGACCUGCCUGUACCUGUGCAUGGAUUCCUGUGGUCUUCUAUACGGCUCGCGAGAGUACACAGACGAUUGCGUGUUCAACGAGACCCUCGAGCAGCACAACUAUAACACCUACAGUUCGGCAAAAUGGUCCACGGCGAAGAAGACCCUGUAUCUCGGGCUGAACCGGCGUGGACAGCCGAGGAGGGUACAGGCGAAAGGUCACAACCUAGGCAGACUGUCCGCCUACGCGCGAGUAUUAACUCAGGUCGCUCCAUCGGAGCGGGUGGAGGCGCUUCAAAGGCGGAUGUUGGGAGCUCAGCACAACGUUCGUCAUCGGCACAACGUGCAUCGCGGCGACUUGAUCCAACAAUCGCUCUGCCCCACUCUUCCGGUACAGGAAAAGGACGGCAGGGACAAGUUCAGGUGUCGCAAACGUAAGAAGAGGAAGAAGAGGAAGCGACGAUGCAGACCGGGCGAGAAACCGGGUCCUCAGUGUCAAAUCGUAGAGGAGAAGGGUGAAGGGAGCGCGGUACAUCCGGUUAGAAGCGAGGCUUUCCCUUCGAACGGAACUUCCCUGGAGUCAAAGAGGUCCUGCGAAGGGGCUGCGAGCGAGGAGGCAUGUCGAAGAGAGGCGCUCUCGGUUCCGUCUAAGAAACGGAAGCUGCGGGUCCAAGAGGCGGCCGAGGUGGUGGCAACUGUCGGCAGGAAUGUCACCGGCAACAGCAACGGUAAGAGCAAAGCACCAGCGUCAAACGCAAAAAAAGUACACGCCGCUGGCAGCAUGAGUCAAAGUAAAAAGCCUAAUUUGACGGACGGGAAGAAGAAAAAGAAGAAGGGGCCAGCAGCGAGGAGGAACGGAGCGGUGCCUCUGCCCCGGAAAAGGUUCACGCCUGGGAGCAGAACGGACAACACGUCUGCGGUGCCCACGGCAACUCCCGUACCGAUCUUCGCAACGUCCUUCUCCUCUUGGUGGUCUCCUGGUGUGUCAACCGCCCCUUCAGAGAGAGGAGUCUCGCCUAGGCGCAGAGGCAAGCAGGCUUCCUCGCGGAAAAACCAGUCUUCCGGCAAUCCACGUCGGGUAGGGAAAGCUUUCGGGAAAAAUCGUGCCAAGACGAUCGACCGUGCCGUGAAUACAUACGAGACCACCGUUAAUCCCGACCAAUCGGUGACCGUGAAAGUUCCUCAGACCGUUUCCGAUCGAUCUAUUCGAAAUUCUUCGAGUCUAUCCCCCGACGACGUCGCGGACGAUGUCCCGAGAUCUGAAUCCUCGUUGUCUGAAUCCUUGUUUAUCGACGAAGACGCGUCUUCGACAUUUUCGAACGAACACGUGACUGCCGUAAUGGAUUCGACCACCUCGAUCGAGGCCACCGGAACGUCCAGCACGUUCGGGUUGCUCGAGGAGGAGAACAAAUCGGUCGAAGAAGUAGCGGACAGCACAGACGAAAGCGACAGGUUCGACACGCCGGAAAUUAUUCAGUCGACCACCACCCCUGGCAUACCGUUCGAGAGGUUAGCUAUGUAAGCCGAAUUACCAGUUCGAAUUCGGUUAAACUCGAUAGUGUCCACUGGGAUGGAUUUAUUUGUAAACUUACGUGUACAUAGUAAUCAUGAUACGAUACGAUUUACAACAUACUCCACAUUCAUGUAUGACGAUUGCGUGCGCAUGAAGUGUUCCGCGCGUCAAACUCUCGGUGUUUCGAUCCGCCGCGGUGCGGCGCGCCGGUGGCUCUUAAUCGAAAGAAAACAGAAUUCACUUGAUAUAUUCUUGGAAUUCUUGCUUUAUUUUGUGCUUUCGAGGUGUCUUAUCCAUUAAGAUUAUUGCAACCAAUGGGAAGUAAACCAAUCUUAAGUUUGCAUGCAACACGAGGAUCCUUUUUGCGAAUAGUUUGCUAAAUUUACAAGAAUUUAAUUACAUUCAUUUGUUAAUUUUUUAUUAGCUAGGCCAUCUCAUACACGCGUAACGAAUACAAGGUACCCUGAACAAAAUGCGCAAAAUAAUUAUCUUAGAAUUAAGCAACGCUAGAUGCUCGUCGCUUCUAAUAAAGGUAGAGAUAACCUAACAGAAAAAUAAAAGAUUACGUAUACGUCAGUGCAUGCGGUAGACACCUCAAAUCAUGCAUGUUCAGCCUAAUUAAUUUCAUCGAGUUCGACUCGCUUCGAUUUCGAGCCACAUUUGCGAUAAUUGCCGCAAAGCAGGCGUGCUCACUAGUGUCGACGGAAAGAGAUUGGAACGUGAAAUGAACCGUGUACGUUUCAUGGUACGUCACGAAGGAGCGUGUCGGCCGAGACGGCUUGUCCGCUCGGUCUUUCCUCGUUAUUUCGAAAAGACGUAAUUACCAAUGGGAAGAGACGGGUCUUAUCAAACGACGGGUCCGUUGUAACGAGCAGAAAACUCGGCUCUUAAUCCGUAAAAACGAUUCGCUGUCGCGUAUAGAAUAGCACCGCGUUCCGGAUCGUUCGCGAAUGGACUAAUUACGCGAACGGCCUCGCGAGCGCAGCUGAUUCAAACCGAACUGUUUUCAUUAAAUGCCUGACUCGUUGGUAUUCCUUUACACCGUGUCCAAUGAAGAUGUUUUCGCUUAUGCCGUGUGGAAAUUAAUGUAUUCGUUCACCAUCAACCCUUCCGUUUUCUAAUAAGCCGAAAUUCGCCUUGAUUAGACCGCGAUCAAUUAAAACUGCUCGCUACAACGAGACGCCUUGCACGACGUUAAGUUAAGACCGUCUUUUUAAAUUCACUUUCUUAAAAAUUUUCAACUUUGUUGUUCGGCGGACGAAGAACACCUUGUACAUUAUCUGCGAUACGUAGUUAUAAUUAACACGGCCCGCGAUUCGCGGUAAGAGAAGUAAUGAUAGUAUUUGAACGGAAGCGAGGAGCACGGGAAACGAGACAAUGUGCGAUGUCGAACGAAGAUGACUAAGGCUGGGACUAACGUUCGACGAACAACACCGAGAGAGACACCAUGGAGAACAGACUGUCAAGGUAAUAGCAGGGUAAUCGAGGGAAUUAAGGAGACGAUGAUUAGGUCGGCAUACGGUCGUCACAAGAGGCCAAUCAUAUACGCCAGAUAACUAUGAACGUUAUUUACGAUUUCGCGGUGAUUUUCCCUAGGGAGAUUACAAGCGUCGCGUGUGUUCCUUUCCUUAUUUCUUUUUAUAGGCUAAACGCAUCGAAAGUUUGGGUAUUCAGGAUUUUCAGAUAGCGAUGUA